AUGGACGCCGACAACAGCUGUCUCUUCAACGCCGUCGGGUAUGUGACGGAGCGCAGUCGAGACAAGGGGGCGCAGCUGCGACAGGUGAUUGCGCGCGUGGUGGCGGGGGACGAGCAGCGCUUCACAGAGGCCGUGCUGGACAAGCCCAACGCCGCCUACUGCCAGUGGAUCGCCCGCGCUGACUCCUGGGGCGGUGGCAUCGAGCUAGCCAUCCUUUCCGAUCAUUUCGCCAAGAAGAUUGCCGCUUUUGACAUCCAAACAAAGCGAUGCGACGUGUACGGGCAGGACAAGCCGUACAGCGAGACCAUCAUGCUCAUAUACGAUGGCAUUCACUACGAUGCCCUUGCGCUCUCCCCGUGUGAGGGGGCGCCAGAGGACUUUGAUCAGACCAUCUUCCCGGCCACUGCAGCGCAUCCCCUCCCUCCCGCGGUGCGCCGCAGUGCAGAGGCCCUGGUGGACGCCGCCCACAGGGCCAAGAGCUUUACGGACACGGCACGUUUUGCACUUCGCUGUGUGGUGUGCCAGCAAGGGCUGGUGGGACAGAAGGAAGCUGUGCAACACGCACAAGCAACGGGCCAUGCUAACUUUCAAGAAUACGCCUGA